AUGCUGAGUAAUAUGGUGGACUUCCAGUUGGCCGAAGCGCGGCAAUUCCCUCGGGCCGCGGGCGACGUCAUUCUGCGGGAGCUCGAGUCUGGUGCAACCCCAAACCCCGACGAGCUUCCACGCCGCAUAGCUCCAACCACAGCACACAGCCAUACCCAGCCUCCAAUGGCUUCCAGACGAGUGCUGCUCUCCGCCGCCACACGGCCCAUCGCGGCCGCCCGCCCUGCCGCCCGCCCCACCACGCUGCAGGUCCGCGCCAUCUCCGCCUACGGCUACGAGCAGGCCAAGGCGCUGGCCUUCGACAAGUACGGCGAACCGCAAGACGUGCUGCGCUUGCACCAGCACUCCAUCUCGCCCGCCCACGGCGACCAGCUGACGCUGCGCUUCCUGGCCGCCCCCGUCAACCCGGCCGACAUCAACCAGAUCCAGGGCGUGUACCCGUCCAAGCCCACCUUCACCACCGCCCUGAGCACCCCGAACCCCAUUGCCGUGGGCGGCAACGAAGGCCUCGCCGAGGUGCUCUCCGCCGGCUCGUCCGUCAAAGGCCUCAGCCGCGGCGACUGGGUCAUCAUGAAGCAGCCCGGCUUCGGCACCUGGCGGACCCACGCCCAGACGGACGCGUCGAACCUGCUCAAGAUCGACAACAAGGAGGGCCUCACCCCCAUCCAAGCCGGCACCGUCAGCAUCAACCCGUGCACCGCCUACCGCAUGCUGCGCGACUUCGCCACCCUGGCCGAGGGCGACUGGUUCGUGCAGAACGGCGCCAACUCGGGCGUCGGCCGCGCCGCCAUCCAGCUCGGCCGCCUGUGGGGCUACCGCAGCAUCAACGUCAUCCGCGCCCGCCCCGAGGGCACCGACGAGCUCAAGCAGGAGCUGCUGGACCUGGGUGCCGACGUGGUGGUGACGGACGAGGAGCUGAUGGCCAAGGGCUUCGGCGACCGCGUCAAGGAGUGGACCAACGGCGGCCGCGACCGCGUGCCGCUCGGCCUCAACUGCGUGGGCGGCAAGCCCGCGACUGCGCUUACGAAGCUGCUGUCGCCCGAGGCCCAUUUCGUCACGUAUGGCGGCAUGUCCAAGCAGCCGGUUCAGCUGCCGACGGCGCUGCUUAUCUUCAAGAAUAUCCAUUUCGACGGCUUCUGGGUCAGCCGGUGGGGCAAGGAGCAUCCCGACGAGAAGAAGAAGACGGUGGACCAUGUGCUGGACUUGAUCCGUGAGGGCAAGUUCAAGGAUACGCCGGUGGAUGAGGUCAAGUGGGAGUGGAAGACGGAGCAGAAGACGCUGGUCGAUGCGGUGCAGGGCACGCUGGAAGGCUUUAGGUCUGGGAAGGGGAUUUUUGUGUUUGGUGAGACGUAG